AUGAGUGGUCGCUAUUCAAGAGAAGAAAAGAAGAAAUGGAUUACGGCUCAAAACCAAGCUAAACGAAAGCCACUAGUACAAAUUCCAGAUACAGAUACUACUGCUCUGAUUGAGGAAAAAAAAUUUACCCUUAUUGGGAGGGUAACAAACCCAACAGCUCAAAAUACGAAGGCUCUGGUUGACUUCUUCCUCCAACACUGGAAUGUUGCUGGUCGUUUCACCGGAAGAGCUCUGGGACCUCUCAUGUUCCAAUUCCGCUUUGAAAAUGAAAGGGACCUCCUCACCAUUCUCAACAAGGCCCCUUUUCAUUUCAAAAGAUGGAUGCUACUCAUCCAACGCUGGGAGCCAGUGGUCUCCGACAAAUUCCCAGCUUAUCUACCCUUCUGGAUUCAGAUCCACGGAGUGCCUCUGCACUAUUGGGAAGAUGGAGCACUAAGAGCCAUAGGAAAAGAACUAGGUGAGGUGGAAGACUGUAUUCCCACUCAGGCCAAGGUUCGAGUCCUCAUCAAUGGUCUUAACCCUCUGGAGAUGACAAGAGAUAUAAGCUUACCGUCUGGUGAGAUAAUACCAGUGAAGUUUGACAACGACAAUCUUGAAAAACACUGCUUCAAAUGUUUCUCCCUCACACAUAAAAAGGAUGAUUGUCCCCUCUAUGAAAACGCUCGCGAGCGGGGUAGAAGCCCACAAUGGCUAGGAAUAUCCCAAAGCAACAGUAUGGCUCGCCUUGAUGAGAAAAGGAGGAAAUAUGAAGACAUGAGAAGAGAAAAAGCUCCCCUCAUCAAGAAAUAUAGAGAACAUUCACUGCUGUACUCAAGAAGAAACGAUUAUGAUGAUCGUCGAGAAGAACCACAGUACAAACCCAGACACCAGCGCAAUUACUCACCAGUGGUGAGUGAAUAUCGAAGAGGAGGAGAAGACCCCAGUAAUGAUAGGUCCCUCUCACGAGCCCCUAAUGCUCAAAAUGGAAGUAGAGGAAGCCUUCAAGUCGUUGACAGGCCAAACAAAUAUGUUGAGCCAUAUCGCAAUAACAGAGACAAGCAGGAAGUUAAAGUUGAGUACAGGAGAGUACCUAGCCCGGAGGCAGGAUCAAAAUCUAUCCAAUCUCCGGCCCUACCUAUUAGUCCACACUCAUCAGACUUAAGAAGAACUCUGUCACGACGAGAAGAAGAAGAAGACUCUGAUCCUCAUAUCUCUGCAGACAGACGCCUAAAUUAG